AAACACAGCACCUAUUGUGAAAAUCAAAUCCAGACACCAAAUUUAUUUCCAAGUCUGUCUACAACAGGCGCGCUCUCCCGCUGCCACGCCGGCAGGUCAUUUGCUUAGCUCUGUGGGGAAUUUUAAUUUGUAAACAGCAGCAGAGUAGCAGCAGUAGCAGCUUUCGUGGCGGGAGCUAUGGGAUUGGGACUUGAGGGAGAGAGUGUUGUAAAGGGCUUCGGUGGCGGAUGCGGAUGGGGCGUUGUCGCUAAACCAUGCGACUCCUGCAAGACCGGCCCGGCCGCGGUCUACUGUAGACCCGACUCCGCUUUUCUCUGCCUCACUUGCGACGCCAAAAUCCACUGCGCCAAUAAGCUCUCCUCACGCCACGACCGCGUCUGGAUGUGCGAGGUUUGCGAACAGGCACCCGCCGUCGUCAUGUGCAAGGCCGAUGCUGCGGCUCUCUGCGUCACCUGCGACGCCGAUAUUCACUCCGCCAACCCACUAGCUCGCCGCCACGAGCGGGUCCCCGUCGAGCCUUUUUUCGACACGGCCGAGUCGGUGGUCAAAGCCAGCUCAUCGGUUUUCAACUUCCUCCUCCCCGCUGAGACCAACGUCAGUGGGUGCGACGGCCACCACGAGGAGGUGGAGGUAGCGUCCUGGCUCUUGUCCAACCCCCCUUUCAACUCUAAGCUCGUGGACGGCCCCGAAAUCAAGGCCGGCGCCGGCGGGGAUAUCUUCUUCACUGAAAACGAAAUGGAUUCUUUUAUUGAUUUUGACUAUCCAAAUCCAGUCAAUCAGAGCGCAAUUAACGACAGCGUCGUCCCGGUUCAGACGAAGCCACUCUCUACCCCUGAAAAUUGCUUCGACAUCGAUUUUUGCAGAUCCAAGCUCAAUUCAUUCGGCUAUCAAUCUCAAUCCCUGAGCCACAGCAUGUCGUCCUCUUCCCUAGAGGUUGGAGUAGUUCCAGAAGGGAAUUCGAUGUCGGAGAUAUCGUACCCGUCGGGUCAAACCAUGGGGGAUUCGGGUUUAGCGAUGUCGGGAUCCGGAAACCAAGCGACUCAGUUGUGUGGAAUGGAUCGGGAGGCGAGAGUGUUGAGGUACAGAGAGAAAAGGAAGAACCGGAAGUUCGAGAAGACAAUCCGGUACGCUUCCAGAAAAGCUUACGCAGAAACCCGGCCCAGAAUCAAGGGCCGGUUCGCAAAACGUACCGAUAUGCUAACGGAGGUGGACGAAAUGUAUGGCUCGGGUGGUUCGUCUAUGUUCUUGGGCGACGCCCAAUACGGCGUCGUUCCAACGUUUUGAGGACGACGACUGGAAGUGAAGUAAAGCGUCGGAAUCCAGUGCUGCGUAGAUUUAUAAUUCUUAUUGUGCACCUUAAUAAAUUAACGGUAGAUUAAUGUGAAGUAUGUGUUUGAUGUGAUGGGCGGAGUUUUAGCCGUCGAUUUGCAGGAGCAUGGGUGUCACGUGCACGCCCCUUACCUCUGCUCUGAAUGCAGAGCCUAGUUUACGCUACCACAAGUUGCUUUGUUUUUUUCACCCUCUUCUCCUCGCAAAUAUAACCGAUUUGCCCCUCUCUCUCAAAUCUUUUCCUCCAUUUCUAGUGGCCAACAGUUUAUAUAUAUAUGUUUUAUUAUUUGCGAA